AUGAGAAACCAAGUCCAGUCCAUGAACCCAGUUCUCCAACGCCGGCGCCUCCCAGAAGGUUUUGCAACCGACACCUUCUUCUCCACAGUCACCUCCUAUGAAGGAUACAACGCCUGUCAGAUUUUCUAUGGCCUCGAUUCCCACUCUAUUUUUGUCUAUGGCUUGGGGAGUGAAAAGGAUGGCCCGAAUGCCCUCCUCGAUUUCUUCAAACAAGUUGGUGUCCCUCCAUCCAUCCUUCGGGACAACUCCAAGAUGCAAAUGGGCAAGGUGUGGACAGACUACAUGCGCAGGUAUUGGUCCAAGGACAAGUUCACCCAGCCUUUCAAGCCAUCCCAAAAUCGUGCUGAGUUUGGAAUUGGGGUGUGCAAGGGGAGUGUAACCAAGAUGAUGAUCACAACGGGUUGCGCACCCCAAGCCUGGGCAAAGGCCAUCCAACACGCCGCAGAUUUAGACAGAAACACUGCAAAGGAAUGUUUGGGAUGGAGGACACCCAUUGAAAAACUUACUGGGCAGACCCCAGACAUCUCCAAUCUCAUCAAAUUCAAGUUCUGGGAUGUAGUACUGUACCAUGAGCCUACCCACAAGUUCCCUGGACAAGCAGUUGGUGGAAAUGAGAGGCUUGGAAGAUGGUUGGGCAGGGCUCUGGACCAUGGUGAUGGGAUGUGUUCUUGGAUCCUAACCCUUGAAACUGAGCAACUCAUUGUCAGAUAUGCGGUGAGGAAGAUUGAAGGGGAGAACAUCUCAGAUACCACUAGGGAUGCUGUCUCAGUUCUCCACAAGGAAGAUAGGGCCAGGACCGAAGAAGCUUUCUGCCCUGUUGUGUACACCCAGACUGGGGAGAAGGACCCCAGCACCAAACCCGGGGAGGAACCCAAGUUCAAGGCUCCCCAGCAGAGGUACCCAAGGAAACCAUCAAGGAUCUGUUCAUCUGGGACCGCAUCCCCAAUAAGAAAGGCGUAG